AUGGCAUCGUUCGCAUCUGCCAAUGGAAACACUGCUGCCAACGCUUCGCUGCCAAACAGGUCAAAUAGAAACUCAGAGUCAUCGGAGCCCCUACUGCCACUUGUAUGGCAACAGAGCUACGACCAAUCUACGUCCAAUGGUGUUGCAUUGACUGAUAAUGGAGUUGCAAUGGAGAGAACUGCUACUGCUCCACCUACUACUGAAAUUGCUUCCAACACAACCCAAUCUCUAAGUGCUGGACUAAUGUCUUAUCCGGCUGUUGCCACUCUUUCUUACGUUCCAAUGGUGGGAAAGAAUCAACCUCAACGCAUGCCAAAAAGAACAACCAAGACGUCCCAGAAAUUGACGCUGUUUCCUGAAGGUGGACCUGCUGGAGCUGAUGUUGCCGACUUUGACAAUGCUCAAGACUGCAAUCAGAUUCCUCAAUUACCCCAUGUUACCGCAAAGACAAUCAAAGAACGAUGGCUGACCAAAUUGGAGAGAAAAUGGCUUCCUCGGGUGACUGCUUAUUGUACUGCCAAUACAUAUAAAAUGGAUGCACUCAUGGAUCACUUGAAACAAAAAGAAGCAAAAUAUCACAUUUCACCCAAGCGGAUUGAUGAAGUCAUAUACACCCCGUUCAACUUUUCAGAAACAGAUUUAAACGCACCAGAUUUGAUCGAUAUACGGCCUGUGCAUGACCAUAUACAGGAAAUUGGAACAUUACUGAAUCCCACUGUUGGUGAUGUGAAUUCCUUUUUUGAUCAAAACAUUGAUGCUUCUGGAAAAAGCAUUCCUGGAAACAUUCCAUAUGAGAAUUUAGCCAAACGGAUUGCCCCAAUCGGAGAAGUUCUUUACUUUGACUAUGGCGUUGUUGUCAUGUGGGGAUUGACCGAGUCUGAAGAGCAUAUCAUUUUGGAUGAUCUAGAGCGGUUUGAAGAAGAGAAUCUGCCUGCAUCGUCUAUUGAAACGGAGCAGUUUUAUUUCCACUACAACACUUUCUAUCAGCCGCGUAUUUACAAUGACAUCAUCACUCUUAGAAACCCUGCAAAUUUUAUGUUAAAAAUCACAAUUUCACAUGCAAUUGCUCAGUCUGUAAAACUGACGCUAUUUGAGGGUCUGAUUGAAGAAACCAUUGAGAGCACUAAGCACGUACCUCAAAUUAUGGCUGAAGAAGGAAAGAUACACAUGUCAAGAACUGCGAUCAACAAGAAAAUUGGUCAACUAUUUAUUAUGCGAAUUAACGUUAAUUUAGUUUCAAAUGUAUUGGACACUCCUGAGAUUUUCUGGAGUGAGCCUCCAUUGGAACCAUUGUAUAUGGCUAUUCGUGGAUAUCUUGAAAUUUCGCAGCGUGUGGAGCUAUUGAAUCAGCGCGUAUCUGUGAUAUCAGAUCUACUAGAUAUGCUUAAAGAGCACCUCAAUAGCUCUCAUGGAGAACAACUUGAAUGGAUUGUGAUUAUCCUUAUUGCCUUUGAAAUUAUCAUUGGCAUUAUCACCAUUACGGUCGAUUUGUCAUCCUUUGUGAAACAUAGUUGAAUGAAGAAAAGAUAUCAAAUG